AGAAUAGAAGUAGCAGUGGAGUAGAAGUGGAAGUGGAUGGAGAUCUAGUAAUACAUUUCUGAUGUUUUAUAUGUUUUUUCUGAGGUGGAAAGAAUGUCGCGGCUUUCUGAAGUAAACAUGACAGACAUGCGCAGUGCAGAUAGCCUGUGGUCCGCUGCUGACGUCUGGAUCAAGAAGCCGCAUGUAGUAAAUAAGAGACUAUGUGGAGUAACAGAGACUGAGUACAGGAAUGUGGACACCGCUGAACUAAUUCGGGUUUUAUCUCCUCUUCUGGGGACUAGUAUUAAGAUCGCUGACAUUUCUAUGUUUCUUCAUACUGGUGUUGUGGAUAAGGAGCUUGCAUCUCCAGGACGCUGGUGUGUUGGAGUCAGAACUAUUAUUCCCAAAAUCAACAAGACAGGAGAGUGUCUAUACAAAGAGAUCAUCAUAAAAGAUUUGGUAAGGCAUGCGGUGACAUUUAUCCCUUUUGAAGAGACUGAUGUGGGACAGGUUUCAGUCAAGAGCAGUAACAUUUAUCAAAUUCUGCUGCAGUUAAAGGCAGAGGAAUGGAUGUUGUCACUUCACGCUUUGACGCCUGAGCAGUGGUGCAGUAAUGGAGUAGCUUACCCUAAACUCUCAUGGCUCUGUACUAAACUCUUGCCCAAACUAUCACGCUGGGCUCUGGAGAGCAAGACCAGUGAGUUUAAAAGCACCCUUUCUCUCAUACCUGUGGAGAAAUACAGCAUCCUCUACCAGCAGCUGAAAGAAAAAUACAAAGAGUUAGUAAAGGUCUGGCCCGAAGUUACUGAUCCAGAGAAGUUUGUGUUUGAAGAUGUUGCCAUUGCUACAUAUUUGUUGAUCUUAUGGGGUGAAGAGCGUGCUGAAAAGGGAACAACAACCAAACAGUCCUUUGUGGAUCUCGGCUGUGGAAAUGGCCUCCUGGUUCACAUAUUAAACAAUGAAGGGCAUCCUGGAAAGGGCUUGGACAUUCGCAAAAGAAAGAUCUGGGACAUGUAUGGGCCUGGUACUCAUCUAGAGGAAAAUGCCAUCACUCCCAGCAAUGACUUCCUCUUCCCCACCACGGACUGGCUGAUUGGAAACCACUCAGAUGAGCUUACACCAUGGAUCCCUGUAAUAGCAGCCAGAUCAUCUUACUCCUGCCGUUACUUUGUGCUUCCCUGCUGCUUUUUUGACUUCUGUGGGAAGUACCAGCGCAGACAAUGUAAGAAGUCUCAGUACAAGGAGUACAUCGACUUCAUCUCUGAAGUCAGCACAGUGUGUGGCUUCUACACAGAGGAGGACUGUCUGAGGAUACCCUCCACCAAACGUGUAUGCAUAAUAGGCAAAGGAAGAAAAUACAGAGAGGCUGAAGAGGCUCAAGUAGAAAAGCAGCGAAAUGAUUAUAUCAGGAGGCGUGAGGCUUUAUUCACAAACCCACGGGUCAGUAUGAUUGUCAAUCAAAGUGGCCAUUAUAGGCAUAAUCACAAUGACAAUGGACAGAAUCUUUCAACCCCUGCGACUGAUUGGGUAAAUGGCUUCCAACCAAGAGAAAGGAUAGAGACUAUGAGGAACUGCACAGCGCUUCCGAGGGAUUUUGUGAAUGAAGUGGUUCUAAGGGUAGCAAAGGCCUUGCUGAGUCUGACUGAGAGUAACACAGAGGGCAACAACUGUGGUCACACUUGGAACGGGGGAGGCAGUUUGCUGAUCAGUGAAGUAGUCAACCUCCUGGACCAGUCUUCUCUGCAAACACUAAAGAAAGAGUGUGGUGGCCUCCAGACUCUCCUGAAAAACCAUUACCAGGUGUUCAGAGUGGAGGGUGGAAGUGUCUUUAUUCGGGACUGGAAGACGCAUACAUUGGCACAAAGCUCUCGAUUGAAAUCCAAGCAUAAACUCCCUUCUAGAAGUGCCCUGAAGACCCGGCUUUGCUGGUUCCAUAUAAACCAUCCCCAAGGAUGCCCUCUGCCCCGAGAGGACUGUGCCUUUGCUCAUGGAGAGACUGACUUCAAAAAGCCCUAAAGAUGAUGCAGACAUGAACAGUAGCUUGUUUUGGAAAAAGAACAUGUAAAAAAAGAAAAACACUCAAACAUAUUUGUUGAAUUGAAUUACCCCAGGGACACCGGAGCAUAAAGAGGCUUGUAUUGGGAGAGGCGUAUGCUGUGUAAAUGUUAGCAGCAUGAAUAAUUUGGAAGGGAGAGUGGGGGGUUGGACCAUCUGUGGGUCACCGCCUCUCAGCUCAAAUGUCAUUGGACAGGAUGUUCCUCUCACGGGGGUCACUUGAAGUAAGGGUCUCAUCAUGGAAGCACAUUAAUAAGUAAAUAAACAUUUGUUUUGUUUUGAAACGGAUUUAAUGACAGGAAUGGAUUACAUUUUAUAGUAAAAUAAAAAUUACAAAAAAUAUUAAGUUUUCAAAAUAAUUUACUGUGUUAUUGUUUGCUGUAUAUUUUACAUAAUAAAUGAUUUUAAGAGAAAAAAAACUCUCAUAAUUCCAAAUAAGUCUCCUUUCAGUAAGAAUAUUUCAGGUAUAAAUUAUGAAAAGGAAAGGUUUCUUUAAUUUGCUUUCUGCAUACCCUAGUGAAAAAUCAAUAUACUUAAAUGUAAGUGAAACAUGUUUAUUUCAUGCUAAGUGUACUACAAAUGCAUUUGCAUAUUCAUGUACUUAAUAAAAUGCCUUGCAGCUCUGUUCUGGAA